AUCAGCUGGCAAGGCAGUGCCCUCUACAAUCAGCUGAUCUACUGUCCUCUGUACAAUCAGCUGUAGCAGUUGACCGCCACUGCCAUGUAUUUCUCUGUGUCUGUCUGUUUGUGUCUGGUACUUGGUGCUGUGCUCACGACAGCUGCACCAUCUGAACUCUCUCUUGAAGAACAACAUUUUGAGGAGGGUGUUCGUCUACCACGUGCCACCUGUGACCUGCUCAGUUUCUCUAUCAACGGCAACUCUCUGAACCACGCCGCCUGUGCUGCUCACUGCCUCGCUCUCAGGAGAGGGUUCCGAGGCGGCAGGUGCAGGGACGGCGUCUGCCACUGCCGCAAGUGAGGAUGGCAGCGGUUCACUCUUCCAUAGUCAUCAUCAUUACUUAUACCCUAGUCAUCUUCAAUUAAUGAUUUUUUCAAUAAAGCUCAAUUAAGAUUAAA